AUGGCGAAGCGCGCGAGCGAGGCGAGCGAGGCGCGCCCCAAGCGGCGGCGCGCGCAGGGCGGCGCGCACCAGCGGCACCGCACGAAGGUAGCCGGUGUGCUGGCCAUGCCAGGUGCGACGGGCGUCUUUGUGUCGUGCGCGCGCGGCAAAGAGCGCAAGGCCGCGCUGGAGCUCGUGGACGUGCUCAACGAGCUGUACCCCCCGCCGCGGGCGGUCGACUACGACUCUGACGAUAUGGAUGCGCUGCGCAAUGGCCCCCCGCCGGCGCCGCGCGCCGCGCCGGCCGGCGACAUCGAGUCGCAAGUCGACGCCGAGCUGGCGGCGCUGCGCGCGCCAUCGCGCGAGCAUGUGCUCGCGCUCGACACCGACACCGAGUGCUGUGCGUACCGGCGGCUGACGCAGUGUGCUUCCUCGCGUGCCCCGCGCCGGCCGACGCGACGCGCCUCGUGCGGCGCCUGCUCGAAGAGACCGCAGACCGCGGCGCGCAGCCGCUUUGUGCAGCGACUCACGCCUGUGCGCGCGCUGUGCCACGCAGACACCGAGUCGAUCCGUGCCGCGGCGCCGCGCGCGCUGCGCGCCGCCUUUCCGGCGGACCGGCCACUGACCUACCGCAUCGAGCCGCGCAUCCGCGCGCACACCUCGCUCACGCGCGAGACGCUCAUCCCCCUCGUCGCCGCGUGCGUGCCGGCCGACGAGGGCCACCGCGUCGACCUCGCGCACCCCGACGUGGUCGUCGUCGUGGAGGUCCUGCGCAAUGUGUGUGGGAUUGGCGCGCUGGACGACUACGAGCGCUGGGGCAAGUGGAACGUGCAGACGCUCGCGGAGCGCCACCGCACCUAG